AUGCUGGCUGCUUCUGCCAGGCAGCAGCUGAAAAGGAGGGCAGGGGCCUGCCAGGAGGGCCUCUCGCUGCUGGCUCGGGGCCUGACGAGCGGCUCUUCCGCCAGCCAGAAGGACGAUGCAGCCCCACAGCAGCAGCCAGAAGGCACAAUAGACUUUGGCUUCCAUCACGUGCCCCGUGACGAGAAGCAGACGCUGGUGGGGCAGGUGUUUUCCAGCGUGGCGCCCUCCUAUGAUGUCAUGAACGACCUGAUGAGCGGCGGCAUGCACCGGUUGUGGAAGGACCGCCUCGUUGAGAAGCUGCGGCCGCGGCCGGGGCAGCGGCACCUUGACGUGGCUGGCGGCACCGGCGACGUGGCCUUCCGAGUGCUGGCCGCCAUGCGGGCUGCGCAGUACGGCGGCGGCAGCAGCUUUGCAAGCAGCAGCGGCGGGGUCGGCGCCACGCCCGGGGCGCCGGCAGCAGCGGGAGCGGCGGGAGAGGGCGCCGGGGCGGCAGCAGCAGCAGCCGGGGCCGCACAACAGGAGGAGCAGGGGCAGCAGCAGCAGGAUCUCCCCAGCAUCACCGUCUGCGACAUCAACGCAGCCAUGCUGGCGGAGGGGCGCAAGAAGGCGGAGGCGGGCGGCAUUGGCCCCGAGAGCAUGCAGUGGGUGGAGGGCAACGCAGAGGCGCUGCCCUUCCCCUCCGCCUCCUUCGACUCCUACACAAUCGCCUUUGGCAUCCGCAACGUCACAGACCGGCCCGCGGCGCUGCGCGAGGCGCACAGGGUGCUGCGGCCAGGCGGGCGGCUGCUGUGCUUGGAGUUCUCCAAGGUGGUGGUGCCUGGCAUGCAGCAGCUGUAUGACCUCUACUCCUUCAACAUCAUCCCACAGAUCGGCAGGGUGGUGGCCAACGAUGCCGCCAGCUACCAGUACCUGGUGGAAAGCAUCCGCAUGUUCCCAGACCAGGAGGCCUGGGCGGCGAUGUUCGAGGAGGCUGGGUUCCGGGGGGUGGACUACGAGAACCUGACGCUUGGGGUGGUGGCCAUCCACUCGGGGUUCAAGAUGGGCUGA